CCGCGAUUACCGAUUUUUGCGGGGAACCUCGGUUGCCAACCCAUUUCCAUCACCCCCCCAGGUCCGGCAACUUGCUUUCCUUUUACCACAUUUUCCUCUAUUUCGACAUUUUCUUCCUUUUGUAUCUCAGCAGCUGCACAUAUCCAAAAUGGCCGACCGCGUCAACCAGCUCGUCAACCAGCUCAAUUACCCCCGCGGCCUGCUCGUCGGCCAAGUCGCCAUUGUGACGGGCAGCGGGCAGGGCAUUGGCGAGGAGACGGCUCGUCUGUUUGCCAAGGAGGGCGCCAAAGUCGUCAUUGCAGACAUUGACCACCUCAAGGCCGACAAGGUGACCAUGAGCAUCAACUCACAGGGCGGCAAGGCCAUCAGCGUGGCUGGCGACAUCAUGGACGCCGAAUACAUCAAGAAGCUUAUCCAGAAGGCGGCCGAGUUUGGUAACGGAAAGAUCCACAUCAUUGUCAACAAUGCCGGAUAUACCUGGGACGGCGUGAUCCACAAGAUGACCGACAAGCAGUGGGAGACGAUUAUCGCGCUGCAUUGCACGGCGCCAUUCAACCUGGUGCGCGCGGCCAGCCCGUACUUCCGCGUCAAGGACGGCGAGCCGCGCUCCAUCAUCAAUGUGUCGUCGACGUCGGGCGUCAAUGGCAAUGCAGGCCAGAUCAACUAUGCGCUGGCCAAGGCCGGCAUCACUGGCUUCACAAAGACCAUCGCCAAAGAGUGGGGACCUGCGUUUGGCGUCCGAUCGAAUGCUAUUGCCUUUGGCCAUAUUGCUACACGCUUAACGGCUGCUAAAGAGGCGGGUGCCUUUGUUGAGGGCCCCGACGGACAGAAGAUUGCUCUGGGCAUCCCGCAGAAGCAAAAGGAUGCUCGCGCAGAGGGCGCCUUUAAGGAUAUCCCCCUUGGCAGACCUGGCACAGCGACAGAGGCGGCCAGCAGCAUCUUGGCUGUGGCUAGCCCUCUCUUCUCGUACGUUACGGGACAAACUAUCAUGGUUACCGGCGGACGCAACAUGUAAAAACCCACCUUCAGCUCUGUGUAAAUAGAAACAAAACGACUAGCGUAUGUAGCAUGUUAAAUGAACUUUUCUUCUUCAUGAGUGGACAACAAGAUAUGGGAGAUUAUGAGCUUUUUGAAUUAAGUUUUUGGUAGGCAACCCGCUGGGUUGUGUGCGGCGCUACGCUACAAAAGAUUACAACUGCAUCCCAAUGUACAUACAUGCGGCAGCUCCGGCCUUGGAACGCUGCCCUUUCACGUCUCCUCCGUGCAAAAUAAAAAAAACGAGUCAUCAAAGUUCCUUGCUCCUGGUACUACACCGUGUGCGCGUGGUCUUUUUAAACCUUGAGCCAGAGCGAGAAGACGCCCUUGGCAUACUCGACAAUCUCGUCACCACCGAGCUUGCUCUCGCCGUAGACACGGUCGACGAACGAAAUAGGAACCUCGGCGACAGUGCAGCCCAUGCCCUUGGCGCGGACCAUCAUCUCCAUCUGGAAGGUGUAGCCCUUGCUCUCGGUGCUCGAGAUGACCUUUUGCAGGACGCUCUUCUUGUAGAGACGGAACGAGCCCGUCAAGUCGCUGACGCCAGGGCGCAGGACAGUGUCGGCAAACAGGUUGGCGCCGCGGCUGACAAACUUGCGCUUGAGGUCCCAGCCGUAGACACCGCCGUUGCCAGCGUAGCGGGUGCCGGUGACAAUGUCGUAGUUGGCCUUCUUCUGGACGGCAACCAUCUCGGGGAUGAACUUGGGGUGGUGGCUGAAAUCGGCGUCCAUGAUGAUGACAAAGUUGCCCGUGGUGAACUGCAGGCCGUGGACGUAGGCCGUGCCGAGACCAAGCUUGCCGGCGCGAGGCUUGAGCAGGACGUGCGGGCUGUAGGCCUUGACGAGCUGGUUGGCUACUUCCUGGGUGCCGUCGGGCGAGCCAUCGUCGACAAUGAUGAGUUCCCAGUCGAGCUUGCUGUGGUAAAUAGUUAGUUUUCUUUCUUGUUACUUUAUAGUGGCUUGAUGCCAGAUCGGAGGAUGGGGACUAACGCGUCGGUAAAGGUGCGGUUGAGCAGCCAGGUGAUGAUGGGCAGGUUGCGGCGCUCGUUGUAGGUGGGCAGGAUGAUGCUGUACUUGUCGCCAGAGGCGUUCUUAGCGGGAGCCAUUGCGAUGGGAGAAGGGUUGGUUAUUGCGAAAGUUCGUGUUUCGUCAGGGGGUAGGGAUUCGUUUGCAGAUUGGUCGUGCGGAUUGGCAGAAAGGGGGGGGGGGUAUUUUCCAGGUGCCGAGGAGGAGUCGUAGAGAAGUCCGAGCUUUGUGCUCAAACAGGCGAGAGAAGAAAAGAAAGUAAGGAGUGUGUGGAAGUUGGGUUGGUGCGGUUGACGAGUGGUGGUGGG